GCUUGCCUCCCUGCGCCCCGCCGGGGUGCCGAGGGGCCGCGCUCAGCCCCGCCGCCGCCGAAGCCCCGGGUUCGGCGCGGCCGCGCCCCCGCGCUCCCGGCCGCCCGCCCGCCCCGCCGCCGCUGGCCACGGCUACCCCGGCGCGGAAGAUGCUGCGGCUCUGCCUCCUCGCCGCGCACGCUCUGCGGCUCGUCGGGGCGGCCUUGCUCUCCCCCGGGUCGUGCGCCUUUGAGGACAGCGCCUGCGGCUACGAGUGGGACUACGCGCAGCUGCCCUGGGUGCUGCACGGGGAAGGACAUUACAUUUCUGUGGAUACAUCUUACGAGGGUGAGAAAGCAGUGCUGUCCAGCCCUGAGCUGUACUCGGAGGAGUGGAGCUGUGUCAGGCUGAUUUAUCAGAUAGCGACAACUGCAGAGGCUUCACCCAAUCCUGCCAGGCUCAACUUGUACUUGAGGCAGGAAGGAGAGAGCUUUGAUCGUUUGCUGUGGUCAGCCAGGAAGCCCUCAGACAGCUGGCUUAUAGCUAGCUUAGAUUUAACGAACAGCACAAAGAAGUACAAGAUUGUACUGGAAGGUGAAAUGGGACAAGAUAGAUCUGCCAGUAUAGCAGUUUUUGAAAUCAAAAUAACUUCUGGAUAUUGUAUUGAAUGCGAUUUUGAAGAAAAUCAUCUUUGUGGCUUUGUGAACCGCUGGAACCCCAAUGUCAACUGGUUUGUUGGUGGAGGGAACAUUCGCAAUUCUCAGUCUGUCCUGCCCAAAGACCACACACUUAGCAGUGAACUGGGUCACUACAUGUAUGUGGACUCUGUUUACGUCAAACAUUUUCAGGAAGUGGCCCAGCUAAUCUCACCAAAGACCAUGGCCCCAAUGUCUGGCUGCUUAUCUUUUUAUUAUCAACUUAAGCAGGAGAAUAGCAUUGUUUUUACGGUUUACUUGAGAGACAUGAGUGGCUUUUAUGAAGAGAUCUGGAAAACAGACAGUGCACUGAGUGCGGACUGGGCACUAGCAGAAGUUGACUUCAAUGCGCCGUACCCUGUGGAGGUAAUAUUUGAAGUUGCUUUUAAUAGUGCCAAGGGAGGUUAUGUUGCACUUGAUGACAUUGCUUUCUCUCCAGUUUACUGCAGCAAUCAGUCAGGAACUCCUUUCAAUCCUGCUGGGGCAGGCUGCAAUUUUGAGGAAGAUCUGUGUAGCUUUUACCAGGAUAACAAAGAUGGCCCAGGGUGGAGCAGAGUGAAAGUGAAGCGUAAUGUCUAUAGAGCAGGAGAUCACACUACAGGGUUUGGUUAUUACUUGUUGGCAAACACAAAGUUUACAUCACAGCCUGGGUACAUUGGUCGUCUGUAUGGCCCAACACUGCCAGGAAACUUGCAGUUUUGUCUGCGUUUUUAUUAUGCCUUAUACGGGUUUUUCAAGAUGAGUGGCACCCUUGCUGUUUAUAUCUUUGAAGAGAAUCAUGUUGUUCAAGAGAAAAUCUGGUCCGUCUUGGACUCUCCAAAGGGAGUUUGGACUCAAGCUGAAAUCUCCUUCAAAAAGCCUAUGCCUUGCAAGGUUGUCUUUGUCAGCUGGUGUAAAAGCUUCUGGGACUGUGGACUUGUGGCAUUGGAUGAUGUAUCAUUGAGCCUGGGAAGCUGCCAGGCUGCUGAUCUAUUGCUGCCCAAUCCUGGAGAGUGUACUUUUGAAAAAGAUGAGUGUGUGUUUACCCAGAAGAGGAGAGGUCGUGGGAGCUGGCACAGGUGGAGGGGUCCAACUCCCACAUCAUACACUGGACCAAAAGGAGAUCACACUACUGGGGUAGGAUACUACAUGUAUAUAGAGGCAUCCAACAUGGUCUAUGGACAGAGAGCAUACCUAGUUUCAAGAUCACUAAGAGGAACCUCUGGGAAACAGUGCUUAACAUUUUUCUAUCACAUGUAUGGAGCUGGGACUGGAUUAUUAAGUGUUUAUCUCAGAAAAGAAGGUGAUGAUGAAGAGAUUCCUUUGUGGAGGAGGACAGGGGAACAAAGCAUCUCAUGGCUAAGGGGACUGAUAGAGUAUGAAAGUGAUAGAAACUACCAGAUUAUUUUUGAGGCGAUCCGUGGUGUGUCAAUGAGAAGUGACACUGCUAUUGAUGAUAUUCUGUUCCAGGCAGGACCCUGUUUAGAAGUGGAAGAAAUUCAAUUCUCAUCAGGCUAUCCUGACAACUUAAACGAAAUUGAGUACUAAAUACAGUCUGCUGAAAGGAAUGAAGUGCAUAGAAGAUUUGUAUGUGAAAAACUCCACAAACAGCCUAUUUUAAAAUAUGUUUUAAGUAAAUACCGGACUGGUUUGAAUAUACACCAAUGUAUAGGAAGAACUCAGAGCAGUCAUGUUCCUCGCCUUUGCAAUGAAGUUAUUAACUCAGGGCUUCUUAGACUUUUUUUUUUUUUUGGUUGUUUGCAUGAUAUCAGUUAUUAUAUAAAGGCUACCCAUUUUGCACAGAUCAUUCAUUUUAAUGGCUUUUUUUUAGAAAAAAACCAACCUUUCUGGUAUAUAGGUAAAAAGAAGAAAGUAAAGGUGCACAAUUGCAAUCCAAUAUUGUGUUAUCUUAAAUCUGCAUUCAGUGAAUGUUUUGUGUUGGGUAUACAAUGGGUUUUUGUUAAGGAUAUUAUGAAUAUUUUGAAAUAAUAACGAAAAUAGUAUUAGCUACUUGUAACAGCCUACAGGUUAAGUGCAAUUAUUCAUGAUGACAAAUCUCUCUGGGAAACUUAACACUCUGCUGGCAAUUUGUUGUGGUUUUGUAUUCUUUUACUAUAACAAGUAUAUUUGUUGUCCUUGCCAAUAACAAACUCACUUUUAGUGUUCCAGUAUAAUACAGUGUAAGCUGCUGACAUUUUGAACUAUAUGAAAUGAAACCCUUGCCUAUGUGUCUUGUGCAUUUUUUAAAUAAAUCACUUUGUACAGUCACAGAGAAUGUACACUUUACCCAACCAAGAUGCCUUGCAUUUAUAUUAAUAGGAAACUGAAUUCACACAACAUACUAAUUCUUAAGAUUUAUAUGUUUGUGUGUAAGGUUUUGUUCUGAAAUUAUUGUAACUUCCUAAUAAAAUUAACUUUGAAAAUCAUCUUAUUGCUCUGCUCUAGACUCUAUAGUUAUUGGUGUAACAAGAAACAACUGAACUAGCCUGAAUUUAAUACUUGGAAUAUGAAGAGAAUGAAAUAUGUGAGUCACGUCACCUAAGACACCUGACAGAAAGCAAUCUGAUCUGCUGCAGAAGUUCCUGUAUUGAGCCACAGAAAUUAUUCUUACAGCCACCACAUUCAAGCUGUUGCUGCAAGAUGUGAGCCUUGAAAAGUGGAAAUACCCUUUGCUUCUUUCAGAACAAAGUAUACAUUUUCCCUAAACAACCUAUAAGGAUCAACAGCACCUAGGACAAUCUAGCCCCUUGCAUCUUUACUAAGUUUUCAUUUUGGAGACACAAACAAUUGAAGAGAUAGUUCAAUUAAAUACAUUCAGUAUUAAUGUGUUUAUAAGACCACACAGAUUUAAGCAGUUUACUAUUUUCUACAGAUUGAGGAAGAGCCAAAAGGUAUUGACAUCUUAACUGCCUAUCCUAGCUACCUACAGUCCCCAUCAACAGCUGGUUAUGAACACACCGCUCUUGCUAUUAUUCUGAAAACAACAGCAGCCAGGAACAAUGGACAGUUCCCUAGGAGUCAAAACAGUUUUACAGUUGUUCUGUAAAGCGUAUGCUUUGGUAUCAACAUUCAGAUCUAAUUAUCUAAGGAGAAAACAAGUGAAAAUUAAGUGGUUAAAAUAAUCAGGCUUGAUGGUUCUCCAUACUUCUGCUGGGACUUUUCUGUAAAUGAAAUGAAGCAUGAGGUGUAACUACUGGAUUCCUCUUUCUAACAAUGUAUGCAACUCUGCUUCGCUCCAUCAAAGUGAUCAGAUUUGGUCUGAUAUGAAUAAGAACAUAAGCAAAGUACCCUAUCCUGCUCUCCACUGAGCGCUCUCUAGGGACCUCACUGGUACAACGAUUGUGUUGGUACCAUUGAGGGUACUAUUUAUCCAUAGGGUGUGAAACAUUGUCCUGACUGCAAAAAGAAAAGUCUAAGUUCUUCCUUCAGUAGGGAACAACAGCACCAUUCCACCCAUUUCUGCUGCAGAAAUUAAGGAACAGAGGGAAAAUUUGAAAGGUGGCUUUAAAUUACUUCAGUGCCUGCUGGAUAUUGGUUUAUAGAAUAGGAAAUUCACAGACUAGUGAAAGAAUGCCACAGCACAUUUGAAAACUAGGGAAGAUGCAUUCGCCACUGGCAAACUUCAGUUUUAUCAUGACAUAAAAACCAUUCCAUCAGCUCUGUCCAAAUAGGAAACUCUCCAUGCAAUUAAUUUCUGACCUGGAACCAUUUUUUUUUACUAUUUGUUCCUUUCCCACUGCUGUAGUAGCUGUACAAGGACAACAGAGGGCAAAGAACAGUUCUGAGACUUGCUAUACAAGGCCUGUUUACUGUCUGAAAACUUCAAAAGCUACUGGAGAAUCUACAAGUAAUUGCUUUGAUCCCAGUUGUGGCACAGUCCAUAAAAUGGAAAGCAGAAAGAAACCUUCAAGAGCAGCUAUAACUCCCCAAACACUAACAGCCUUGUAUUUGAUUGCUCUAAAUGUAGCUUUGUGCUGGAGUGGAACUGAACAUGUCCUGAUAUCAGAGGAACAGCCCUUUUAUUGCCCUCUUGUUCAAUACUCUUUUUAUCCUUUAAAUGUCUUCCACUAGUUGACAUUUUGUCAUUAUCCCCAUUCAUAUCCACACAGAGAGCCAAAUUCAGAUCUCAGUUACAACAAUGGAAAACCAAAAUAACAACAUAAAAUUUUAUCACUGUUGUUCUAUUUACACUAAUGUAAAUGAAACUAUUCUGGCUAACUAGUGUGUCACAUCAAAAUAACCCCAACAUAAAUCUAAUUUUACAGUCAUGAUGCUCACUAAGGCAGCUCAAACUGAACACUAAGAGAACUGGCA